AUGCCGUCACCGGACGCGGCGGCGAGGCACACGGGCGCCGGCGUGGCGCGUCGGCAGGCCCACCACGAGCGGAUGCGCGACGAGCGCGCUCGGGAAGCGGCCGCGGGCGACGCGGAGCUUCCGCCGGAGGACGACGCGGUCGAGAUGGCGAGCGCCGCCCAGCUGCUGGACAGCGUGGCGGAGGUGGGCCCGAACUACACCCUGCUGCGCAGCAAGGAGACGAAGGCGAAGCGGCGGAAGCGACAGCGCGAGGAUGCCAGGGCGGCGCUCGACGGCCACACUGUCCUGUCCACCGGAUCGCGCCUCGAGAUCUUCUGCGACAGUGAGCGGUGGUACCCUGCGACCGUCAUGGCGCGGGAGGAGGACGGGGACGGACGGAUCGCGCACCAGGUCGAGUACGACGGCUACCCGGAUCGGCGGUGGUGGCACAUGCUGGACGACGAGCGCGCGCUGGCGGACGCCCUCGAGGCGGAGGAUGACGAGCGGCAGGAGGAGGCCGCGUGCGGCGAUGGGCGGCCGAUGCUAGCGCCACACGGGCCGGCGCUGUCGGUGCAGCUUCGGCGCGUGCGCCUGCGGCUGCGCGAGUUCCUGGCGACGCAGGCCGCGGCGGGGAAGAGCGUGCCGAUGCAGCGGACGGCCCUCGUGGCUGGCGACGACGCGAAUCACCGCGCCGAGGGCGAGCCGGUGCACGCGACCGAGCGGGGCGACGCGCGGGACGAGGAGCCGACGGUGCGCACGGGGCGCGGCGAGAACACGGUCUAG